AUGUCGCACCUUAUACCCGGUGGAUUCAAAGCUGUUCUUUAUCAUGAUCAACCUAUUCCUGAACUCCCUUCGACUGAUUUAAUUCAAAAGUGUUCGGACAGUCAAAGUUUUCGUUCGAUUUUGGAACAAAAUCAUUUAUCGGUACGGGUCUUGGCAUGUACGUCUGAAAUAUUUCGUCAACUUCCAUCCAAUCUAGUUCCAUCUAAACUGGACACAAUAUACUUCAUGGAAUCCUCAUCGGGUGCUUCAUCACUAUUGACAAAUGAAAAUGCAGCUCCUCAACCAAUCGGCGUUCUGUCAGAAAAAGAAUUGAUCUUACGUGUAUUAUUGGAUGUUGUCGACUGUUUUUAUCGGCAAUCGAUUAAUUAUCGAACGGAAGGUAAUAAUGGUUUAGCCGAUGCGUGUAGACAAGUUGUGGUUAAUGUAUUGGAAUAUAUCAAAGAACACAAUGAAUAUCUAUGUCCACCUUAA